CGCUUAGUCGGGCGUCGCUCUCAGCCCUCUCGUCGAGUCGUCGCCAGUGCCUCGCGAAACGACAGCCCGUACGGGCGGCUCUGCCGGUGCAGUUUCGGCGAUCGAGUUCGUUAUUACUCCUUUGGCCCCGUGCCAUGACUCUGCAGUGACAUAUAAGUACAGUGUGCCUGGAAGCUUGUCGCGCUUUGGAUUGGUUCUGAAGAGAAGGCGAAUCCUAACCUCAAAACUCGCCGCCUCGCGAUUUCGAAGCCGGUCGGGGAGACCAGCGCGGCCUCGAUCUCGUCGACUGCCGGUUCGAACGAGGUACGAGAGUGGAAUCAGUGCGCGUGUCUCCUGGCAGGCUCUCUCGUCGCUCUUCAAACUCAGCGACAGACGAGAAUCCCGGCGGGCGCGAGAGCAGUGGCCCGUGCGGACGAGGAGUCAAAGCCGGCCAGGAGCCGCUCGAAAAUAGACGAAUUGGAAUCGCAAUUAUAAACCGGCCGCCUUCGCGGAAUCGCCAAGCUGGUGCGGACGACCGUCGCCGACAGUCUCUCCGUGGAAACAAUCACAAAUCACGCAGCGAGCCGCUGCGCCGCGUCAGCGUGGACCGAAAUAGCCGUGCGCGUACAUUUUGAGCGUAAAGAGCGCGUGUUUUAUCGUCGAGGCAUCGCACUCGCGCCGGACAAGACAUGGCCAGCUGUUGCCCGACGACGAGGACUAUCCAACACGAUCUAACCUCAAAAGCGAAGUCCAAUUGAGAGAGAUCUGCGUGCGUCAGAGUGUGUGUUUUUCUGCCACGCGCCGAGACCGAGGUAUACUUAUAGCAGCAGCAGCAGCAGUCGCGUGCGUUUACGAAAUAAACUCCCGUGGAAUUCGGGGCGCGGGCAUCGUCCCUAAACUCGAAUAUAAAGAAAAAGAGAAGAAGCGAGGAUAGGCGCGGAGAGUGAAGAGAAAGAGAGGGAGGAGAGCAAGAGAAGAGAAAACGGAUACGCUGCACAUGGUCGAGCGCGUAAAAAUAAAUUCGGGAGGCGAGAGAGCGAGACGGAAGUGUUGCUGCUGCUGCUGCUGCCGCAACCGCCGCCGCACACAGCCGAGCGCGCAGAGAGGGCAGGCCGAGCUGUAUACGUAGAAAUCGAAAAAGUCAAACGGCGCCCGAUGGCAUGAGAAUAUUCGUGAAAGUUAAAAAUAUGAGGGAGCCGAGGAGCCGCUGAGAUUAAUGCGCUCAGACAUAACCUACAAAACGCAAAUAAACGCGCGCAUAACCUAGAAAGCGGGCGAGAGGGAACGAUAUUUGCGGAGAGUGAGAUGCCUGAUCCGCAAUAAAGUAUAGUGAAGUUGUGUGCACGCACGAGGGUGGAUAAUAAGUACGACUUACCAGGCAGGACGACGCAGAGAAGAGGAUCGAGAGCAGCUAGCCGGGCACGAAGGAGCUGUAAACGGCGAGCCGGCAGCGCGCCGCCGCUUAUCAGUAGAUCGACCCACGCUCGAUCGGCCGUUGGGCCUCUGGCAGAGGGCCAAUUUUCUCUUUCGGCGCUGCUGGAUGCUGCAGCACAAAGGAGUAAACUUUGACAAAGGAGGAGCGCGCGGCUUCUUCACUGCGAAGUAGCACAAAACGUCAUUCAGCGAUACACCUCCGCCUACGCAGCCGAGCGUCAAAAUGUCGCUAUAGAAAAGAUCUGCGCGCGUAGAUACAGCCGUAGCAGCGACGAGCAGAGAGUUAGCAGCCUGCAGAGUCGAGUAGGGAAUAGGCUUCAAAACGACUCGAUCAAGGAUGAUGACCGACAGCAUGCACUAUCAGCAGAGCCUGCGUCGGAAGACGCGCUCGGCCUCGAUUUGCGCCCCGGGCAGCUCGAGCAUGGAGCAGAUGCUGGACGGUGUGCCGCCGAAGGACGCGGCUGCGAGGAUGAUUCUGGCGACGGGGGGCAAGAAGGACAGCGGCAGCGCCACACCUGAGAGCAGCAGCACGCCCACGAGGCGACGCAGACCGGCCACCAGGUCCCAGAGCGCCAGGGUCUCCGGAGCCAACAAGAGCAUCAGGAGGAAGGCUGCUCAGCAAGCGAAGGAACAUGACUAUCCAGCGGAAGGUUCCGGGGUACGCUCGGCGCACUGCAGCAGCGAACCCCGAUUGACGGAUAACGACGCGAGUCCCGGCCUGAGGCGACGAGGUAGCAGACGUGGCCAGAGCGUACAUCACGCGCACCACCGCAAGGUCAAUCCGUACCUGGACGUGCCUGACGUUAAUGCGCCACCGCCUCAAAGGGACGACCUGCUCGACGAGGAUCUAUAUCGACUCAGAAGCUUCAGUCUCACCAGUAAAGGAGUGAUAAACAGGGGCGACUCGUUCCGGAAAAAGCGCUCGCGCUCGAACUCGCUCGCCCCGGCGGAGGGCGAGCCAGAAGAAUCCUGCAAGUCCUCGCCUCCCAAGGAUGUCACCUCGUACAACGUGGCGGUGCUAGGCGCCAGAGGCGUCGGCAAGUCGGCGCUCGUCAGUCAGUUCAUGUCCAGCGAGGGCAUCAACGCUUACGAGCACGUUCGCCAACGAGAUGCGCCGAGCGAGCAAUCCGUCUUUGUUAUGCUGAACGGCGAGGAGAGCGAGCUGCGUUUCGUCGACGUUACCAAUAUAAAGGAGCUUGACAAGAUACCUCAGCCACAUGCCUACGUGGUCAUGUACUCGGUGAUCGACAAGGCGUCGUUCCAGCGAGCCGAGGAUCUGCUCUCGCGACUCCACGAGCUCGACAUCCGCGGUCGACCCGUCAUCCUCGUCGGCAACAAAAUCGACCUCGUGCGCUCGCGAGUCGUCUCCUCGCAAGAUGGCAAAUGCCUGGCCUGCACCUACCGGUCCAAGUUCGCGGAGAUCUCGGUAGGCAUAAAUCACAACAUCGACGACUUGCUCGUCGGCAUUCUCAGCCAGAUCCGACUGAAGGUCAGUCAGAGCCAAGCAGCCGGAGCCUCGGGCUCGAGCGGCGACUCCGAGCACUGGUACAAGUCCCGAGGAGUCGUCAGGGCAAGCAUGAAAGCUCGACAGAUGCUCACCUGGCUCUUCGGUAAGGAGGACCGCAAGUUCAAAAACUGCGAGAACCUGCACGUCCUGUAAUUCUAUACCUAUACUUUUGCUUCGAUGCACCUGGAGUGGGAGCUUGAAUGCUCGCUUCACUUUUUCCGACCCGUAUGCAAAGCUUUCGACUCCGAGCUCAUCCCGAUGGAUUUCAGGAAAUGCCGCGGAAUUUAUUUUGCAGUUCUGGUCAAGUGCGGUGCUCAAGCUUUUACUCCACGUAUUUUUUUUGAGAAAAAAGUUCAAUCCAGCCGGCUAUGAAAGCUUUCAUUUUAAUCCCGAAGCGAAACAGAUGUGAUGCCUUGAAAAGUCUUUCUCUCUCUUUCUUAUAAGUUGAAAGUAUAUAUGUGUCGUGUUAUUGAGGCAAUUGUUAAAAAAAUGUACGUAUCGGCAGACGUGCUCUUUCUUUCGAGCACGUAAGCUUACGUUUCGAAGCUUAUUUAAGACAGUGAAGACGUGAAACGUGACUUCGCGAUCGACCAGCUUUUGGUGUUCGGUGAAAUCGAAGGCUCAACAUUGACCGUAUUUAAAAGUAUGCUAUAGUUUGUAGCCGAGCGACAAGUGACGAGUGAACGGAUAUAUAUAUAUAUAUAUAUAUAUAUAUAUAUAUAUUUGUAUCUACUAUAAUGAAUUCGUAUGAAGAAAAAAUUACAAAAUGCACUAAAAAAAUGACUAUAAUGAACUUCCAUGUAAUGUAUGAUUUUUUGAAGUUUCAGCGUCAUUUCUAUAAGAGUAUAUUAUACGUAUAGGUUUUAAGCGAACGGCCAAAAACCUGCAAUAGGUGUGUGUGUGUGUGUGUGUAUAUAUAUAUAUGUAUGUAUAUGUAUAUGUAUGAUAAAUAUAAUAUACAUUAAGGAUCCGCAAAUUCACUUACCUUGCCGACAGCAUACACUACGUUUAAUUUAUUUAUUUGUGAAUAAGUAUAAUCCGCGUAGUGUCCAAUUCUCUAAUACUUUUCAAUUGUUUUUACUCGACUAUUGCGACUUCUUCUCGUAUACAGGUAUUAACUACGAUUAGGUCACGUGGAUGGAUAAACUGUAAAAUAAAGAAAUGUGUCAUAUAUGCAGGCUAAUUUUCAUUGUAUAACGCAGCUUCGUCUUAGGCGUCCCCAACCAGACCAAAGAAAUCGUAUAUAUCUGUGAAAACUACAUGGUCGAAACGUAUGUGUCCAAGACUAGUGACAAUCGCUGAAACUGCAGUAUACAAGGCAGCGUAAUCUUCUAUUUUUCUGUUCGCGCAAAAAACCUGUGACUUUACGCAUAAAUGGUUAUACAUGUAUAUGGAUCACUAAAUUUCUAUACUUCUGUACCGUACAAUCAAAAGAAAAAAUACAAGACAACAGUUAUUCUGAACAAAAACUAAUCGAGCUGUACGUUUUGAAAGGUUAAAGUCCUUGUAUAUUUUGUAUAAGAAGGGCUUAAAACACAAACGUGACCACUGCACUGUUUUUUCAGACGAAUACUCGACGAAUGUUUUAUCUUCUACUUCAAGAUGUAAUUGUAAGAUUUUCAUAAGACAAUAAACGUGUACAUUUUGUUGCAGCGCGCACGUAUCGAAUUAUUAUAACUAUAAUCUAACGCGAAUUUAAAGAACAAAAUAUUGUUAUUAUGUGUGAAACUGUUCUUGAGCUUCGUUGUACGUUGAUUUUCGCGAGUGUAAAAUGCGACGUACGUUUGUUUUUUGAAGACAAAGAAUAAAAGCGUUUUAGAUUUUUCAUUAUACGAAAACUUGUAUUAAGACAUUAUACAAAGUUUGACGGUAAUUUGGUAUGAGAUGAAAAAAUGCAACACAUAAUUAUAUAUACAUUUAAUAUUUAUAUCAUAUUAAUAUGAUCGAUGAUAAAAAUCAAGCGAGACCGAAACGUUUCUAUUUUUUAACUUUUCUUGUACAAGGAGUUUCGCUUUUACAUGUGUAAAGGAACAAACACAGGAAUUGUUGAAGCGAUUGUAUGUUAACCGAAAGCGAUAAACUAUAUAAUAUUCAAUCAAAAUUAUAACUACUCCGUUUUAUCAAGAAAAUAAAACCGUUUACAAUAUAAUAUAUAGGAAAUAUACAUAUAUUUAUGUUAAAUGUAGAAGCAAGCAAAAUGAAAAAAAAAACACGGGAUCAAGCUGAAGUUUAUAAAAAGAUUUUGACGUUUUGAAACUGAAUAUUAUAAUAUGUAUAAGACCAUGUUAUGUCGACGCAUAUAUAUAAAUCAUAUUUAUAUACAUACAACAUGACCGGAAAAAUUGCGUUAUUUUAGGAUGUAAAGAAAUACAGAUAGCGCUAAAGCGUUGCGAACAUCGUGUAUACAACUGUAUUGUACAAUAUAAACCAUGAAAGAGCAGAAAGGCUA